GUGGCUCUUCUAGCUAGCUUUGUCUUCUGGUUUGUCUAUUGACCUUAUUACAGAGUGACUUUACUGACACCUUCAUAGAGAGGGUAGAUAGAAGAUGACAGCUACAGGUUCUCACUUGUUUGGUGGACGCAUUAAUUUGAUGUUAGUCAGAGAGUCGGCUCGUAUAGAACUGAAAGACAUUCUUGGUAAUCCUUCUCAGAAAAAAGUAAUUGUUUGGGACGACACAUUGAUUGGAUCAGUUGGGUUAGUGGCUGAGGUUCCCUUCCUUCUUCAACUUGGUGUUUAUAAAAUGAUUCGUCUUCCUGCUGAGAACAUCACUGAUAUGGAUGGAUAUCGAGAUGUCUCUGAAUUCAUAUUCCUUGUUAGACCACAGCUCAGUAUUAUAGAUGACAUAAUCAAAGCAAUAGCACGACCUGCAAAAUCGAAGUCAUUUGUUGUUGUUUUUGUACCACGUAAAUCAAUUCAUUGUAUCAAAAAAUUAGAGGAAAAUCGGCUAAAAGAUGGACAAACAACUCCUUUUUCUUUUAGCAUCAAAGAGUUUCGACUUGACAUGCUUCCUUUAGAUCAAGAUGUAAUAUCAUUAGAUAUCAAUAGUGCUUUUACUGACUUGUAUUUAGAUAUGGACCCAACUCCACUUGAUCAAACCGUACGAAGCAUUGGUAGGUUGCAGGCCUUGUUUGGAGUAAUACCACGUAUCUAUGGCAAAGGAAGAAAUGCAGAGAUAGUUGCAAAUAUGAUGGAAAGAACACGUCAGGAGUUAAUGAGAGGUGGAGAAUCAACAGCUAAAGAUACUAUUCCACAAAUUGAUGCUGUCAUACUACUUGAUCGUUCUGUUGACUUAGUUGCUGCCCUUUCCACUCAGUUAACUUAUGAAGGACUCAUUGAUGAGUUUUUUGGCAUCAGAUACAAUUCUGCUAAGUUUCCGAGAGAUCAGUUCUCUGAAGAUGUGCAACAAGUACCUAAAAAUGCUCCUCCCCCUAUUACACCACUCUCUGUAACACUAACGUCUGAGGAGAACAUGUAUUCUAACAUGAGGGAUAGUAAUUUCCGUUCCAUUGGUAAAAUACUCAGUAAGAAAGCAAGAGAGAUCAGUGCAGCUUUUGAAGAAAGGCAUGAUGCUAAGACUGUCCAACAACUAAAGCAAUUUGUACAAAAGCUACCUCACAUGCAGCAAGAUAAAAUAUCUUUGAGUAGACAUACUACAAUUGCUGAAUUGAUCAAACAAAGAACAGAUAUGCCUGAAUUUCUAGAGGUCAUAUAUGCUGAGCAGGCCUUGCGUGAAGAGGAUAACAGUGAUGGGGCUGAUAGUUAUAUUGAGCAAUGUAUGGGCAAACAAGAGCCAAUUGAAAAAGUACUUCGUUUGAUUUGUCUGCAGUCUCUUGCAAACAGUGGGCUGAAGCCCAAAUUACUCGAGCGAUAUAAGAUGGGAAUUAUACAAUGUUAUGGAACACAACAUUUAAUUUCACUUCACAACCUUGAGAAAGCUGGUCUUAUAAAAGUUCAAGAGAGUAAGAGCUUUGCUGUAGUGAAACGAUCAUUGAGACUUAUUGUUGAAAAAGUUGAUGAAUUUGCUCCUAAAGACAGUGCUUAUGUUUUUUCUGGUUAUGCUCCUGCUACAGUUAGACUUGUUGAAUAUUUGGAUAGACCAAAUGGAUGGCAGCAAAUUGAAGAUAUUUUGAGGCUGAUUCCAGGCCCAACCAUCAUGCGUGAACAGAAAGUUCAUAAGGGACAUGAGAGAAAAAAGAAACCAACUCCAGACCAACCACAAGUUGUUUUAGUUUUUUUCAUUGGAGGCUGCUCUUAUGCUGAGAUAGCUGCACUAAGAUACCUAGCUGGACGUGAAGAAGCUGUGACAGAUUAUAUAAUUGGAACAACAAAUAUUAUUAAUGGAGGUACCUUAAUGGACUCAGUAUUAGCAAACACACCUCAUUAUGAAAGACAAAACUAAUUAUUUUAUAUUUUUAAUAAUAAUUGAUACUUGUGCUAAUGUUUGAAAUUAAUACACUAAGGCAAUCAG